CCGCUCCCGUCACCAGUCUAUUCCUCAAAACCUGCUCCUUUCCCUAACCUUCUUCCACUAUCCUUCGCCGCUUGCAAACAUCAUCAAUCAACACCACACAUCACCUUUUCAUCAGACAACCCUUCCUAGACUAUAGCAUCACCGUCAGCUCUUUGUAACCUCGACCUCUCUCAACACCAUGGCUCCUCCAGUCAAGUCCGCCGACGCGCGACGCAAGUCCAGCACCAAGGCCAGCUUGAUUGUUACUCGCAAGGUGUCGCCCGACAAGCUGCGUGCUCUACUCGCGCCCGACUCUAUCAAGGAAGAAUCUCCCUCCAAGGACAUGAAAGCCAACGCCGACUCACCUACCGAUGCCGUGUCCGCUUCUGGUUCGCAACCACCAGCCAGCAACACGAAUGGCGACAAUGCCUCGGACUCUAACGCUGCUACUCCUGCCCCUGACGCAACUCCUGCCGACGGGACACCGGCCCCUUCGGCUAUGGGACCGCCUACCGAUGGACCGAAGAAGAAGGGCGUCAAACGAUCUGCCCCGGGCGCCAACGGUACAAUAGAUGGUGUCCCCAAGCCUCGAGGAAAGCCUGGCCCCAAGAAGAAGCCUCGUCUGGAGGACGGAACGAUCGAUCACUCAGGUUCCAAGCCUGCCGGAGGUCACAAGCUUGGGCCCAAGGCGAAUCAAGGGGCCAUCAACGCCGGACUUCGCGCUCUCGAUCGCUCAGGCAAACCCUGUCGCCGAUGGGCCAAGGGAGGAUUCCAACUCAAGAGCUUCACUGGUGUGGCAUGGGAGAUCCCUCGCUGGGUGGCACCUCAAAAGAAGGCUCCCGAAUCCAGCGCCGAUGAUUCUACUGCUGCAUCGGCCGAGGGCAGCAGCAAGGAGAACAAAGAGAACGGCCACGAGAGCAACAGUGCUAGCAAUAGCAAUACUGCUAACGACGUAGAGAUGCAAAGUGCGCCCAGUAACCACGCCUCCUCGCCGGCACCUCUUGCUAUUGCCGCUGCUUCAUAAAAACUGCCCCUACGACGCGACCUUUUUUUCCUUUUCAUUUUGCUCUGAUACCAGAGAAUGUUUUAUUAUAGCGCGAGAUAUUGCGGGCGUUCUAGGUUGGCAGACAACUGAUUCUUGGCCUGUCGGUGAGACUGAGAUGCUCUCAGACCGAGCAUGACCGUUCAUUCAUUCGGAAUCUUUUAUGUUUUUCAUCAAAAAGCGACGCUGGUGUCGCUGGCGUUACGGAACAGCGAGGAUGGAAUGCUGUGGAAAAGGAUUGGCAUUAAACCGUACCAGGACUGGCGGAGCAUAUAUUUGAUGUACAACUAUUGUUACGAUGGUGCAAUGUUAGAUAUACUCGGAUAAUUCUCUGAAAUGAGCAAUUAAAUAUUUGUUCUCUGAAGAUAUAUCGUACUUAUGCUGUUACACUGCGAUCCAUGCGCCCGUAGCUUUGAAGACAGGCGCUAAUCUGCUGGUUGCUGCACACAUUGUUUUCUUGUCGCAGCCUACCUAA